AUUAGACAACAGAUGACGAUGAUGAUGAUCAUGAUGGCGGCGGCCAUGUGUUAUAAAAGUCCUCUAUGACCAUGUUGCAUUUUAGCUAAGAAAAACACCGUUUGUUGCUGCUUUUGAGGACCACUGAGGUACAGGAACGUUUUUGGCAGCUUUCUGGUGCUACCGAACAGCGAAAACAUGCGGCAAACGCUUGCAAAUCUUGCCGGGGUUAUGUUCAGGGGUCGCAUGCUGGGCAAGUACCCCAUCCGAAGGACUCGCACUUUCCUAGAAAGCGGAGAGAUCGUUUUCAAAGACAGAGUGAAGAUCAUGUCCGUAAACUACAACGUCCCUGGGAAGAACAGCGAAGGCGCGCGGGAGUUUGUGUUCUUCCACCUGCCGCAGGUCCAGUACAAGAACCCGGAAGUUCAAGUCGUGACGUUCAAGAACUUGACUCCUUCUCCUUUCCUCAAGUUUUACUUGGACGACGGUGAACAGGUCCUAGUAGAUGUCGAGCACAAAAGUCGACAGGAAAUCGUCAAACAUGUGAAGAAAAUCCUGGGAAAGUCGGACAGAGAACUGGAAGAGAUAGAGAAGAGUCAGCAGCAAAGUAUCAACAUUGCCAACUUUGGACCGAGGUGGCCGCGAAAGUGUAUCUGUGAAAUCGAGGGCCAGCUACCGUGUUCAUCCACAAAUGACUUUCCUAAGGAACUACGUGGAAAAUAUCAGAUGAAGAAAAAGAUGGAGGACCGCUAUUGAGGAAGAAAACUUUGCACUAGAAAGUUGCAGUACUGAAUAAAAGGACAAUUGAACACCUCCUUUUCCCAUCUACAUACUGAAAGUCCCAGCAACCUAAAUUGAUUUACAGUAGUAGGUUCUCAAUGAUGUUGAAUUGGACAGCACAAGUGACAUUUUUGCACAACAAAAACAGGUUGUCACUAAGGUUUCUUGUCUUUUGGCUUGGCCUUGCUGACAAAGAUUUGAGGCCUUCCCCAAAGUUUCUUGCCCAUUGUGAUAAAAAGUACUGUGAUAAGAUUUAAGGGAAAAAAUGGUUUACAGGAGAAACAAUUGUGACUAAAUUUUUCAUAUUUCAUUAUUGCCUACUUGCUGCAUCACAAUCUUAUUUGGGUUGUGGCACAGUCGUGUCUAGAAUGGAAAUAAAGGGGAUAUGCUUUUUAUAUGCAUGAGAUAAAGUCUUCAACUGUGUUUUUAUGACCAAUGUACUGUACGUUUGUAGAUAAACAUAUGAAGCUAUAUGAUAAAAUAGAGCAGUGUUGAAAAUAGUUAUUACUUUGUAGUAUGAACACAUAAUCCAAAAUGCACCUCUGCAUAUAAAUAGGUACAUUAUCUGAUCAUAAAGUCUGUAGUAAAGAAUAACUAAUAAAAGGAAGAAUUCAAACAAA